UGUAUAUUAGCCCAUAUAAGUAAAGUUAUUUUAUAACUCAAUCUGUUGCACCGGCGUAAUUUUAGGUCCAGAAGUUUGUGAAAAGUCUUAGACAAAGUGAGGUACUCAACAGAAUGCUGCCGAUGAUGUUAGGCAGCGGAUUUUCGGCUGCAGAAGGUAGCGGCGUUAAAUUUGCGUUUCUUGUGUUCAUCGUUUCAACACAACUGACUUCGGCGAGCGACCCAAGUAGUGACGACGUUGAAGGCAAAGAUGGACAUCGCUCUUCCACCGAUAAACUGCAAUAUGAUGAGUCCAUCAAGAAGAUACUUUCACACAAAUGUCUGUCUGACUACUCGAUGACUUGCUGGAAGCUGGACCUGGUCGGUCUGAUAGACAGCUUGCGAGCGAAGGGCUCGUUCCAGGUGGUGCCGGGUGUGCGGGUGGUGCGGGAGGAGGGGGAGGGCCCCCCCAAGGGUGGAGUGCCCCCCCAACUGGCCGACGACGUACUUAACGGGGGUCACAACUCGUCCUACAAGCUUGACGCCCUCAUCAUCGACAAAGUCGACCGACUCAUCAGGUCGGUCAAGUUCAAGGUGCACCUGGAGGACUCUCAGGUGCUCAAGAACCUCAAGGACACCGCCGCACAGAUCAUCGACAACCUCACCUCCAACACCAAUUCCAGGUCCGGUAGGAGCAAGAAAGGUGUGAUCCUCUGGUCGUCGGGCAUGCUGGCAGCGCUGGGGUUCGCAGCAAUGGCGGCGGUGACGGGCAAAGCGUUGAUGGCAGCGCUGUUAGCUCUGGCGGUGUCCGCGUUCACGGCGAUCCGCGGCUCCAGUGCCGCUGCUGCCGCAUCUCCCGCCGGCUACAAGGCUGCUCACUACGAGAUUAUCGCCAAACCGGUCCACUAUGCGGCGCCGCCUGUUCCUGUGCCCGCUUCAGCACCUGCGCACUACUAUGACCAUGAUCACAUACACAGCACCAGCUAUGCUCCAGGAUACGACUAUGCACGUCAAUUGGAGUCCAAUGGAAAAGCAACAAAUAAUGAAGAGUUCAUUCUCAAGGAUGGAGAGACAUUCAGACCUAGUCAAAUCGACUAUCAAGUUCAGUCAUGAACCUAAUAAUAAAAUUCAUAGAAUAAAGUGUAAAUAUUUCUCAUGAAUCAGAACAUUUUCGAAAUUGUCAUAGAUAUGCUUGGUGCUUGAGUAGGUGAAGACAGGAGAAAUUGUUAGAGCUAUAGAGCAUGCCAAGUUUUAUUUUUUGGCCUUAUAUUUUGAAAGAAAGUGGCUUUACUAUAUUCUUGUGGAUGAAUUUGGAAUAAUACUACAUACUAUACUCUAUAGAUAAUACUUUUCACAAAAUCUAGAAAUGUUUCGGUGCUGUAAUUUGUCUUAUCUAUGAUACCGUAUGAUACCUAUCUGUCACCAAAUGCAAAUAUCGUGAUGUAGAUUGUGUAUGUAGUGCACAAGUUCAGGUACAGUUGAAAAACAAAUGUGAAAAAAUCAUGUUUUUGGACUCAGGGGACCUUGAAACGUAUAGAAAACUUGAAAUUAGGGUACCUUAAUUUUUU